GGCAUCUCCUACAUCAUAGUAUACAAAAAAGCCCUAUAUAAACAAUGAUCGCCAUGGCUAUCUCUCCCACAAGAUACAACUAUUGAACAUCCAAUCCUCUUCAUAAACCCCUCAACUGAAACAAAACAACCCAAAAUGUCCGCCACAAUCAACACCAGUAAAGGCGAGCAGCCCAUCGACCCCUACAAGGCCAAAAGCCUCGAGGACCCGCCCCUGGCCCAAAAGGUUGAGGACCUGGUGGACUUCAUCUCCGAGGCCAAAUUCGGCAUGCUAACGACCAAGAUUGCCGGCUCGGAAUACUUGACGUCGAGAUGCAUGGCGUUGGCUGGGAAGGAAAACGGCGGCAUUGACCUGCUCUUCCAUAUCAACCUCUUCUCCAGCAAGACGCUAGACCUGACCACGCACCCCAGCGAAGUCAACAUGUCCUUCCUGGACCAAGUCAGCGGGUCCUGGGCGUCUAUUUCGGGGACUGCCUCGAUCGUUGCUGACAAGGCUACCGUUGAAAAGUAUUACUCGCCGACGCUGCCGGCUUGGUUGGGCGAUCUUGGUGACGGAGUUCAUGAUGGGAGUCCGUCGGAUCCGAGGAUCGGGGUGAUUCGGUUGGAGGCGAAGUUGGCGACGUAUGCGGUGGCUACGAGGGGCAUCUUUGGGAAGGCCAUUGAGACGAUCAAGAGUGCUACUAAGGGCGAUGUACCGGCUAUCAAUAGUAUUCGGGAGUUGAGUGAAGGGGAGUUGGCUGAGUGGCGCCGGACGCAUAAAUAAGGGCUUUUCUUUUUCGCUGGGCCAAGGCCUUCUUAUGAUUGAUUAUGUACAUGUGUAAUGACGAGUCUCGGUUCGCUUAGGGACUGGGUGCGAAAUAAAUCGAGGAAUUAAUGCCUAGUAUGGUGGAGAUAAUCAAAAUGAUUGAUGUUCGAAAUAGUACAGGAGCUGC